CCCUCGUUCGCUACAGUCGCGCCGGCAGGUUCACGCCGGACGGACGUUGCUCGUAUGGCGUGACGCACUUAGACUCUCUAAACAUUGCACGCUACAAAAACACAUAGAAAAAAUUCUGCCAGAACCUAUACAGACGAGAGACGCUUCAAGUUUCUAUAAGAUAUUGUUAACGUGCUCCCGUUGUUAUUAUUUAUUCCGGCAGCAAUGAUGAUGCCGAUCCUCCUUUGCCAACUGUUGGUAUCGUUGCUCUUCGUCUUUUUGGGCAUGUACGGUGAUGCUGCAAGAACAGACCAAAUAUCGACAAGCCAUUGGGCGAAUAACCUGAAACGGCAUAGUCGAAGGGCAAGUCGACCAUGUUUUAUCUGCCCGGCAAGUUCAAUGAUUUCACCCGAUAGAUACGACGCCGAGUUGUACAACGGGGUAGACGCCCAUCAUGACGGCGCCGUCCGGAUGCCUGAGCCCAUCAUCCGCCCCUGUCUCUAUUCCAACAAGUAUCAAAAAGAAAAGAUGAGAACGCAGGUGGUCCUCGGCCCUCAGCCAGGUACUCUGUUGGAUCAAGGAACACAUCGGGUGGUUGUCAAGGUGGCUUAUCAGCUGGACGACAGUGACAACAACAUCACUGAUAGAUCUUUAGCCUUUAGGCAUCACGCUUACUGUCGUUAUAGUCUGCAAGUUAUGCCGUCUGCAUCAGCCACAGAAGAGAGCCGGGAACGGGUGAGACUGUGCAGGCCGCCACCGUCGCCCGAGUACGGCCGAGUGGCUUGUUCUUCCGUCGGUGAUGACGUCAGCAUAACGACAUGUCGUUACACGUGCGACAAUGGAUACGUGACGCCCAAAACUGACCGCCAUCUCGUCCAACAAAACUGGGAUUGUUACAGCGACCCUGGAACAAGCCGACCUCCCAAAUGUAUCAAAUUGGAAGUCCCCGUUCCAUUGGACUCGAGCCAGUGUUCCGGUCUGAAUUUGACCGUACCGGAUUUUGAGGACGUCCAUCUGGCACUGCCCAAGUUCCAGGCACCGACGACGAACGACAGCGCAGUUCACGUCACAUGUGAUGUCAAUGUCGUCCAAUCUAAAUCCUUUUCCAAUGGCUCUAACACUGACAGUCCCCUAGUUUUCAAACGGUUUUGCGUAGCGAAAAACAACGAGACGGAUGCCAAAUUCAACUGCAACUACGACGUCCAACUCAACCUUGAUCCCGCGUCGGGUAACACCGUCAUGUUUGCUGAAUUCCGGUUCCAGCUCGGACAUUUGUUACCGACGAACCCAUCAAACUCCUGGUGCGAUGAUAGAGUUGGCGUUGAGAAACUCAUGGAGACGGCCAAGACGGCCCUGCUUCAUCACAAUGCAGAAGCUUGUCAAACUGCCAAUUGUAGUUUAUUGACAGCUCAAUGUCAUCAUGAAAUGUCAUCUAAUAAGAGUAUUGCCAUCCUCAACUUGUCGUGGACUGUGGCCGCUAGUUAUCAGCCGUUCAGCUACGAUGACUAUUUUUACGAAGGUUCCGAAGUUCCAGAAGGCGAGAUGCUCAUUGAAAAGAUAAAAGCUGAAACGGAAGUUUUAAUUCAAAAGAAUGCGGAUUUCCGCAAAAAACUGGAAGCGGCAGGCGGAGAGCUCCUCAACAAAUCCUUUCAGCUGGCCAAACUCGAUUUGAUUUGUCCUCUGCCGGGUUACGUCGUCAAUUCAUCCACCAACAAUUGCCAAAAAUGUCCAGUCAACACUUUCCAGUUGAAAGGCAGCUGUCAGCCGUGUCCGGCGAGAACGUAUCAAGACAGAGUUGGACAGACGGAAUGCCGGCCUUGUCCAAACCGCCCAUCUGUAGUCAAAUCAUCUGAACAUUCUAAUGCUCGCUGUCAGCACCGACCUAACCGGCCCGUCCAUCCAUCAAUUGUAGCCCUAACGAAAUUACCAAACCGCAAGUCACUGGACAGAUCCCCUGCCAUACAAACUCGGCAAUCUGUUGGCAAACUGGGCAAAACAGCAGCCGCACACACUUUGCGCGAAGACGAUGACAAACAAACGAGCAGCGACAGCAAACACAUCAAAUACAAAAACCGUAGACAUCAUCAAAAUUCGUACCAGCUGGCCAGCGGACGAGAGGCCGUUUCUCGAAACUCUUUGACAACAAUAAACGAAACAUUGGCCGAUCCAGAAGAUCCGUGUUGGCCAAAUCCUUGCCUGGCCGGAGGGACUUGUUUUCGGUCCACGCGUUACGCCGAUUACAGCAACCGGAUAGUUAGCAGUUUCAAAUGUUCGUGUCGAGUCGGAACAAAAGGUAUUCAUUGUGAGACGCCGUACUGUCCCACUUUGUACUGUCUGAACGGGGGAACGUGUCACGUCAACCGACAAGUCAAAGGCCAUCUAGGACGUGACUUUUUGAACUGCACAUGUCCGCUAGGUUUCACCGGUUCACGCUGUGAACAUCGGCGCCGAAGCCAUUCGAACCAUCAUGCCAGGAUACGUCACAGUCGUCAUCAUCGUCAAAACGGCUCUUUGCGCGGUGACGUGACGCGAGUCGACAAAACAAUUAACGAAGGAGCGGCGGGACUAAUGGGAACGUACUGCGCUUCCAAUCCGUGCAAAAACGGUGGCCGUUGUGUCGACAACUCUCACGCAGCGCCUGGAUAUUUUACCUGUUUUUGUCCGCCCAAUUUCCAAGGCGAGUUAUGCGAUUACACACCUUGUCCCGCAUCGGUCGCCAGGACAUUUUGCCCAUCGUUUCGCUAUGCAUUAUCAUCAGUGGCUCGUGAUCGGAAGAGACACCCUUGCUGGAUUCAGACAUCGACUGGACAUCGCCAGUGUUGGUCACCUCACUCGCCAGCUGCGUUCAAAUCAACGCACUUAACUGAAGCGCCACAUUACGAAAUAGACACAACAUUUUGAACCUUGGCAUCGCCAGAUGUAAAUGUGGCCCCUAUUGUUUAGCUUUUCGCUUUUGUUACGCUACACGCGUCUUUGAGUCGACCGGCGUGAAAAAGACAUAGGUCUUCUUUUUUGUUUUGUGACAUACAUUUUCUUUCCCGAAACAUGUUUUUAGAAUAAUAAUAUCCCAUCAAAUACACAAUAACAGAAACAACGACAGUAACCGCAUUGAUGGAAAGCUCCCCCUUUUUUUUUCGCAUGCUCGUGUCUGUCUUAUAUUGCUGUUAUAAAUCCCGUAAUGCACAUUUCUGUUCCCUCCUCCACUGCCCAGCCACGUCUCCUUGUUUGUCAAAUGGAAUCGUUGAAUAAGUAUAAACAGCUUUUCGUGUGUUA